GUUACGCUUUGUAUUCGUGGCUAAGUAAAAUGUAAUAUUAGUAAAGUAUUGGAUUCAAAAUGCAUACACCUAAGGAUAUUCUACUUAUGAGCGGCAAACGAAAGUGUGGUAAAGAUUACUUCGCUGAAAUUCUACUAAAAAGAUUAAAUAAUGCAGCAAUCAUUCGAAUCUCUGAACCACUUAAAGGCCAGUAUGCUAAGGAACACAAUCUUGAUCACCAGGAAUUGAUGAGUGAUGGUCCGUAUAAGGAACUGCACAGAAAAGCAAUGAUUGAAUGGAGCGACAAGAUGAGAGCUAAAGAACCAGGAUACUUUUGUAAUAUUGCUUGCAAUAAUGCUCCUAAUGCAGAUGUAUGGAUAGUCAGUGAUAUUCGAAGGAAAACUGACAUCAACUGGUUUUAUUCACAAUUUUGUCAUAAAAGUGUUUCUAUUAGAUCUGUGAGAAUAACUGCUGAUAAUGCCGUUAGGCAUAGCCGCGGCUGGAAAUUUACAGAAGGGGUUGAUGAUGUUACAUCAGAAUGCGACCUGGAUGAUUAUACGUCGUGGGAUCUUAUUGUUACAAAUAACAACCCUUCAGAACAGGCAUGCAAAGAAAAUGUCUGCAAAAUUCUACAGCUUUUAGCUUAAAAUCUGUACUUAAACAUUCGAAUCUUUCCAAGUAUUAUAUUCUUAUUAAAUAUAUUAAUGUAAGAGUAAA